UGCGUGAAACUCUCUGCUCUAACCUCCUCUCUACUUGAAUGAACUACAAGUGCAAAGUCAUACUACACUGUUUAGUGUACUCGAGAGAGAGAGGGAAAUUGUACCCGAGGCUAUUCUACGGUUAAUUAUUACAUAUUGACAACAUUUGUUUCUAGUCACCGAUUUUACGGAGCAAUGGAGCCUCAUGUAAAUGCGAAGCUGCUUUUUAAUCACGCGACAACCCUGAAGCUUCACACGGGGAAUUUAGUCAACCGCAGUCGACUUAAGAAGAAAUGUCCGUCUUCACCUAGCGAGGAGCUUAAAGACUGCAUCCAAGACACAUUGAGCGAGUGGUUUGCCACAAUGCCGUCAUCUCUUUAUUCUGAGCUUCCCAGUGUUCUGGACUGUACUGUUUCAGAAAACACAGAUGCCAUCACCCCGGAGGAGAGAGAGGAGCUGAAGGUGUCUGUAAAGCUUUUUCUCACUGAGUCGGACCAUUCAUCCAUCAGAAGUGCAGUGGACAUGGCUUGUCUUUCAUUAGGUGUAUCUCAGUUGGAUUCUGUGAUCAUUGCUCCACCUCCUCUCCCCGAGGGUGAGGCGCAGACACUGACCCACCUGCAGCCGCUGUGGGAGGAGCUGGAAAGUCUUGUGCAUAGCCAGAAGAUCGCUGCCAUCGGCACGUCGGACUUGGACAAAACUCUCUUAGAGCAGCUUUAUAACUGGACUCAGGUAAAGCCGAGCAGUAAUCAGGUGAAUCUGGCCUUGUGCUGUGUGAUGCCUCCAGACCUCACUGCAUUUGCUAAAGAGUUUGACAUACAAUUGCUUAUGCACAAUGACCCCAAAGAGCUAAUCAGUGCAGCAGGCUUUCAGGAAGCAGUGCAGGGGAGCAGUAAGGACCUGCAGGCAGCCAAUUGGAGGCUGGAGUGGGUCUUACGGUACUCCAUCUUUGUCAAGAGCAGAGGCAUCAUUAAAGCAAAAGGCUACAUUGUUCAUGCUCAAAAGAGCAACGACCAUUAACAUGUCCACUUUGAACAGGGUUUUUAGUUUUUUUUCGUUUACUGAAAUUUAUUCCACUUAAUUCAGGGAGCUACUACAUCUAUGAUGGAUAAUUUACAGGUAGUUUUCGAAGUUUCAAAUGAACAAAAAAUUAAUCCAACUCAUUUUCCCUCAUGGUUUAGAAUAUUAAGAUAGCUGUCUGUUCUUGUAGAUAAAUGCAAAGUGCCUCUUUUGUCUGAUUUUUUUUAUUUUUUUAUUUAUUUAUUUACCUUUUAUGACCUGGCGUGGUUUAAUUCUUGGUAUUUAUCAAAAGGGUCAAAAUUUAAUAUAAAACAGUGGUUGAUGGGACAGCAGAUUUAGAUGCUUCACAUACCAAAAGUUGUUUUGUAAAUCAUUGCCCCUUUGAUUUUGGUGAAGAUUUGUUAUCUGUUGAAUUUUAAAAUGUUAACUGCACACUUUUUAAAGAGUGUAGAUUGUAGAUUUUUCUUACUUCUAAAUUGAAUAUCAAAUAUUAAGCCCUGCUGGUGUUUUAAGUUUAUUUAAUAUAUAUUGAUUGAUGCUUUGCUUGGAAUGUUUAGUAAAUGUUUUUACCAGUU